UAACAGCAGCGUUAACGGUCGCUCCUUGACCGAUUCCCGCUGUUUUGUUUGUGUGUGUGUCCACGCGCCUCUCUCUCUCUCUCUCUCUCCCUCUCCUUCUCUCUCUCUCUCUCUCCCAUCACACACACUCGCUGCACAUCACCCGCUACAACCACAACACGCGCUCACACACCGCCAUCCUGCGUGUGACACACCGCUGGUUUAGCUAGCCGGCUAACGUUGCUUCUUACCAACUGGCGGCGUCGUCUUGGUGUUUAAAUCUUGUUCGUCGUGGUGUUAUGUGCGGACGAGAUUAUCGUUGAAGUAGCGGAUUAUCUGCAUCCCUCCUCGGCUGACCGGGAGCCGCCAUGGAGUGCCGUGUUCUGUCCAUACAGAGCCAUGUAGUCCGGGGAUAUGUGGGCAACAAGAGCGCCUCUUUCCCAUUACAGGUUUUAGGAUUUGAGGUAGACUCCAUCAACUCUGUCCAGUUCUCCAACCAUACAGGUUAUUCUCACUGGAAAGGCCAGGUGUUGACGGCAGAUGAGCUCCAUGUUCUUUAUGAAGGAAUCAAACUGAACAACGUCCAUCAGUAUGACUACGUUUUAACAGGGUAUACCCGAGACACAUCCUUCUUGGAGAUGGUUGUGGACAUUGUUCAGGAGCUAAAGAGAGCCAACCCCAACCUGGUGUAUGUAUGUGACCCCGUCCUCGGUGAUCACGGAUCUAUGUACGUUCCUCAGAAUCUUUAUCCGGUCUAUAAGAACAAGGUGGUUCCUGUUGCCGACAUUAUUACUCCUAACCAGUUUGAGGCAGAAUUAUUGACAGGGAAAAACAUCAGCACAGAAAAAGACGCUGUAGAGGUUAUGGACCUUCUCCAUGCCAUGGGCCCAGACACAGUGGUCAUCACCUCCUCUGAUCUGCCCUCCAGACUGGGGGACCGCUUCCUUGUGUCGUUGGGCAGCCAGCGUCAUGUUCGUCCUGACGGCAGCAGGACGACACAAAGAGUUCGAAUAGAAGUUCCCAAAGUGGACGCCGUCUUUGUAGGAACUGGAGAUUUGUUUGCUGCUAUGCUGCUAGCGUGGACACACCACUACCCUAAUGACCUAAAGACGGCCUGUGAGAAGACGUUUUCAGUGAUGCACCACGUCAUCCAGAGGACCAUUUCGUAUGCUCACGAGUUAGCAGGACCUGGUCGGAGGCCCAGUCCGCCCCAGCUGGAGCUGAGGAUGGUUCAAAGUAAAGCUGACAUAGAGGACCCUGCGAUAGUUACGGAGGCCACAGUCAUAUCCUAACAUUACCGACCCAUAAGACUCAUACUAACCGUGUCCUCUUCACCCAUAAAUCUCUCAAAUCCUGUAUCUCGGUAAAUCUCUCAUCACUGUAAACCUUGACUGUCAUUUCCAAACUUCAACACGUCAUUAUCCAGACUCCUGAAACCCCUCAGUAUUGUAACCCUUUUAGUCCUUUCAUCCUAAACCCUUUACCCCUUUAAGUCCUCUGUGUCCUAACCCCUUAAAACUGAACCUUUAACCUGUAACUCCCCGGCCCUUUUACCCAAACCCUGUUUGGAAACCAGAGCCAUGGAUAGACAGAUCAUUGGUCAGCUUGGACUGCGGCGGUUUGUCACUGCCUCUGCUCUAAUCGGCUAUGUGAGUGUAAAGCUCCACUGCAUGCUGUGGUACAGUGUAACUCCACAAGCAUAACAAUAGCAUUCCAUAUAUGAAGGAUUAAAUGUAAAAAAAAGACUAAAUAUGAGCGUGAUAAGGUUUUUUAGAAAACCCGUUCAGUCAGCUACAUGAUUAGUUUUGAAAUUAGUUUUGCUGUUAAAGUCAGAUUUGGACAAAGUUAAUGUCAUAUUUUUUUAUACCAAACGUGGAGGAAUAGUGCACAAACAUGUCACUGUGUCCUGUUGCAUGCUGGAGUACACAUCUACAUCAGUGCAGUGAGGUGAGAAGCUAAACCUCCAAAAGGUCGGCAAAACAAGAUUUCCAGUGUUUUUUUUCUAGUAUUGUUAAGUUAAAACUAGCAAUACUACACAUUCACCUCACUUACACCUGCUAUUAAAAUUUGGAUCUGUAUCCAGAUAAGCUACCUGGAUAAUAAACGAUCCGAUCUCGCCUUUGUGUUUACACCUGUUAUUUUUAAUGCGUUAACAUCAUUGAGAUCAGAUCUCUGUCCUCAACAGCAAAUAAGCAACUCUUCAAAAAAACAAAUCACAGACUUUUGUGAGUUGUUGAGUCUGGGGGAAACUCUGUGAAACACUGUCUACAACAAAUUCUUAAUUAUUUGUGCCCUCUUGUAAAUUUUGCUAAAACAACAGAUUAAGUUGUUCUUUGUGUAAGAAUAUAAUUCCAGUUUGUCCCGGUGUGUUGCAGUACCAGUGUGGACACUUCUCUGUGACUAGAUCAAUUCUAUGCCUUGUUAACGUGCACAUAUGCUGCACAUACAUAUAUCAUUGAUUUCCCACCAUACUGCUUUGAUUUUCUGUUGAAAAGCCACAAAAAUAAGCUCUCAUGUUGGAGGAUUUUUUGUGAUGUUGCAAUUAGAAAAAAACACAGUAUUUACCCCAAAUCCAAAGUUUUUUAGUCCAGCUGCUGAAUGCUCUCCAAAACUCUACCUCUAAACGAUUAAAUAUAAACUUGUCUACUUCAUCGCUCCGUUACUGCCACUCAGCUCAGCUCAUGUACUCUGUUUCUUUUUGUCGCACUCCAGCGUUGGUCCUCCACACCAGUUGCCCAGCAGCAGGAUUGCUGCACUAACACUGGUGGUACUGGAAUGAUCAAACACUGUUUAUCUAUGGCUCUGCCCACCACUAUUUCAGCCCCCUCCCUGUCUUACAGCAGUGAUGUAAUGGUGACCAAGUCUAACCCCUGAGACCCCUUGAAAAUAUAACAAAGGAAAAAAAAACGCACAAUGUAUAGUUGAUGUAUAGAUGUUGUACUAUAACUGUAUUGGACCAUCUGUAUGAUAUCUUCUAUCUGAUCUGUCUAUUGGACCAUUGUGUUGAUGCUACUGUACUAUAGACCACACGCACUACAAUAUCACCCAAACCAGAGACAUCUGGGCUGGUUCUGGCACUCCUGGAGGCUCCAGCGGCUCCGGUUGUCGUCAAGUCUUAGUAUUAGGUAAUUGUCUAAUAGUCAUAGUCUAUAGUUGAACCUCUUUCAUCUCAACAAACGUAAAAUAAAAAUGGGCAACCCGAGCUGUCUGAGCCGUCCCUGGCCGGUUUUACUUGUGCUAGACCAAUCAGAAAUCGGCUACCUCAGUGCCAGAACCAACCCACAUCAUGCCGGGUGGUUCCCGGCCCAGCUCUGGCCCAGAACCCUAUAUCUGAGAGUUGUGCCACUGAAUUUACUGGAGGCCUCGACAAGUUGUAAAGGGGACCCUCGUCAUCAUGGCGGCAGACUUCCCCCACGUCCAGCAGCAGCUCUGGAAACGUUUGUUGUAGAAAAUGUCUUUGGUUCACUUCACACUCCACUGUGACUCAGCAACAGACAUGAUGCCAGAAGUUUCCAUUAACAUUUUAAUACGAUGGCAGUUGAAUUUUUCAGUUAAAAAUAGGAUAAGAAAUCCGCAGUACUGCCUGGGUAAACUGAUGCCUGUUUUAAAAGACUGUUAUCCUGUUAGCAAAGCAGAGAAUAUCAGUGAUAUAGCCUGUUUUGUUUUUUAAUUGGCAGUUAUUUUUUUAUUGCCUGAUGUAGUUUUUUUCCAAUUCUUGUUUUGUCUUUAAAAUGACAUAAUUUUGUGAAAAUACUUCCUAGAACCCAUUGUGACGCCUUAAAAUUGCAUGUUUUUCAACCAAAUAGUCCAAUAGAUCCAAUUAUAUUCAAUCUGCAGUGAUACAGAGCAGCACAUCCUCACAUCUGAGGAGCUGGAACCAACAAAUUUGACAUCUUUGCAUGAUAAUGAGUUAAUGAUUAAUUAAAAUUUCAAAGUGGACUGUAGAUAUCUCCUAAGCUAGCUAACUAAGUAGCUAACUUCCUACCUUGAAGCAGUCACAUGAUCCGGCUGAUUACAUAUAUUAUUCCUGGAAAUGAUGGUGGUCAUACAAAUGUUGUGGUUAAAUUAACACUGAAUUAAACCUGGCCACCACGGCGUUGCAGUAUUCUGUUUUUCACAGUGGAGUGUGAGGAAAGAGGUGAGGAGGACCUGACAUGCGACCGUGGUCAUGAGCCGGUUUCAAACCAAUGAUGUCGCGAGAACUUGGCAUGUGCCUUAGCCCGCUGAGCUACCAGGGCACCAAAGGAGCUGAGAUUUUAAUGAGUUUGACAUUUUUAAGUUACAUUUUCGCCCCCCUCGUUGCUUCCUGAAUUUGAAUGUUCAGUCAUUGCUUAACAUCAGGAAACUGCUGAAAUUUCGACUUACUCUGCUUGGCAAAAAAACAAAAACAAAAAAAACCCCACCUUUUUGGAAAGUGUGAACCAAAAAACCAGAGGCUUAAAAAAAAUAAAAAAGCAAAAGAAGAAUCCAGACGCCGUCAGUGUCCCACCUGAGCUGGAUGUAAGGUUCUGGGCAGGCCAGUGUAAUUCUGUACUGCUGUCGUUUCUCUAUGGACUGUACUGUGAUACUGCCUUAGGAACCUAAUAUCAUAACACCACAGGAGGAGGGAGGAGGAGGGGGAGGAAGGAAACAUGACAUGCAAAUUUCUGUUCUACAGUGCGCCUGAAACGAGGAAGAGAUGAGAUUGCAUAUGCUCUGAUUUUCUGUUUGAAUCUAUAAAAAUCUUUCAUAGGGCUUCAUUGUCAGUUCGUGUUAUAUGAUUAUUCUUUAGCGACCAGUGAAUCAUUUGGUUUAUGAAAUGACUGAAAAUUGUCUCACAAUUUCUUUCCUUUUUUUCUCAAAGCCCAGAAAUUCAUUUUCAGUGAUACGAAACAGAGAAAAGCAGCACAUUUUAAGCAGUUUUUUGCUCGGUAAAUGAUUUAAACAUGUAAUCAAAUUAUUGUCCAUUAACUUCCUGUCAAACAAAUAAUUGAUUUGUCGUUUGAGCCCACAGAAAUAUUACUUCAUAGACUAGAGACUCAACGGUAAUCUGAAAACCCCUCUUGGAUUAAUGUUGGGGGAAAAAUGCAGUCUCAUUUUUAAAAUUGCAAUAGUUUAUAUGGAUUUUUGUAUUAGUACAGUUGUAUUGUGCCACUGUAGCACUGAUCGUCAUAUCAGUAACAGACUGCUGUGUCUGUGUGCUCGGCCAACCAGCUUUAAGAUCUGCACUAUCCAAUCCUCUGCUUCCUGCUAACAAACCUGUCAGCCGUGUCGCUGGGUCAAAAUGUUUCUAACUGUCGUGUCCGUGCGUGUUGUGUGUGAGAGAGUGUGUACAUGUGUAUAUAAAUGUCCUUUAUGGUCACAGGGUUUUGUGUGUGUGUGUGUGUGUGCGCGCGCGCAUGUGACAUGAAAGAGGAAAUCCCUGAAAGGUCUGACUAACGUAACGGGGGAUGAGAGAAGAGGAGGGUGAAGAGAAGACAGGAAUAGUGCACACGAGGAGGGGAGGGGAGGUGUGUUGAAGAGGACAAUCAUUCUGUGAUGUUAUGCAGUGUUUCCCCUUGUCUGCUGAACAACUACAGGACUGUUCUGGACUUGUUGAAAGGGCGUUCAAAUCUUCAGCGUUUCCUCGAUGCCCCUCACAUCCCCUCUUUCACUUCCUCCCCCUCCGACCGUCCACAUGCAGACACAUCUGUCCUUUGAAGCUGCAGUGCCAGUCGUUGUGUCUGUAUCGCUUUUUAAACUUAGCCUCGCUGUGUGUGUGUGUGUGUGUGUGUGUGUGUGUGUGUGUGUGUGUGUGUGUGUGUGUGUGUGUGUGUGUGUGUGUGUGUGUGUGUGUGUGUGUGUGUGUGUGUGUGUGUUAGAUGGUUAUACUGCACCCCGACUUCCUGCUAACUCUGCCUGAUUGCCACCACAGUCCCGGCCUCUUCUCCCAUGCUGGUCUCAACCAGCAUCAGUCUCCACUUGCUUGCCGUGUCUUUACAACUUAACUUUGCUGAAGUAUCGUUCAAAAAGCUGCCGUUGCCCACGCUGCUCUCCCUGCUUUCAGUCACUCUUCCUCCAUUCUAACAGUUAGACCCGCAUCCGAUUCCUCCACCAAACAUCUGGAUUGAGUUGCACCAGCUCUUUGUGAAUAAUUCACUAAAUUUGUCCUUCGAUGCUAGUUCCAAACUCCUGAUCAACGGGAUCAGGUUGCACCUUUACAACUUCAGAAAUGUUGAGUUUUUUAAAGUUGAGAGUGAGUUGUGAUGAGUAACAGGAUCCAACAUGAACACACACUUUCGUGCCAGUUAAAACACUUUUUGGGAUGCUAUAUUAGAUAUUUCUGUAUUGUUUUGUUUCCUCUUCGCUUUUCUGAUCAAACGAUGAGGCAGAAUAACUGAGUUUUAGUGAUAAACUAAUAGCUUAAGAUGUUUUUUUUUUCAACUUGAAAAGCUAACAUGAUCAACAUUACUUGGUCAUUAAGUCAAAGAUAUUAGCAUAACAUUUGAGGUAUAUUGUAUUUUUUUGGUAAUUUAAUGCUUUAGCAGUUUCUCUUUUAAAUAAACAGCAUGUUGAAGUGUUGUGUCUCAGUCUGUCACUUCAGUCCAAGCUAAUGUUGCUGCUGACACGCUAGCUCUGUUAGCUAACAGUAUAAAUAUUUCGUAACUAUGAGUCUCUUGUAGGUGUAACCUGUUUUCAUUCAGCUAACUCUGAACUCACAAACCGCUGGUGCAGCCGGCUGCCGGUUACUGAUGAGCUAAAGAUGGCUGCCUUUGGGCGGGAUCGUGUAACCGAUCCCGCCACACUGGAAAUAUUGGUUGUUGCAUGUUUUUUAGUCGUUGACCUGAAGCGUUGUUUCACCGUCACAUUCGACGCUGAAUGAAAGCUGGGCCGCUGGACUUCUCUGUCCACCAGUCAAAUCUUAUAACUGGUUUGCUCCACCAACUCCUGAGAAAAUUGCGCCAACUUUCUUCCUCAGCCACUUUUUGGCCGAGCAGCUUUUAAUCGACUUGUGUGAGCUUGUGGGCUGACAGCAGCUACCUACGAUUUUAUGUGAGCUGCCACUUUUAGGUUCGAGUUGGAGCCGAAAGCUGCAGAGAGCUGCAGAGCUGCUGGGAUGUUCAGAGGGAAAAGCACUUCUAGCAACCUUUCUCUGAGAUUAAAGGCAGUCGUGUCAUUCAGUGUUGCUAUAAAGCAUAUUUCUAACCUGCUCUUUAAGGCUAAAUUAACGGAGCUCUACAGCUUCCCAAACCACAAAUUAACUGAAAACAAGCUGAGUAACAAAGAAGUGAUUAAUUCAUGUUUUACUUAAAGUGCGACGUUAACCAACAUGUAACGAGCAGAACUCUCUCUGUGCUGUGUGGUCAGGCCCCCUGGUUACCGGUCUGUUCGUCUGUCGUUUAGAUGGUUACCGGUGACUCGGCCCGAUGCUCCAUGCUGUCCAGGCCCCCCGUGCCCGUUGAGAUAGACCCCCCUCCCCUCACCCCCAUCCAUUUGGUUAGAAAAUGGCUGCCACAAAAAAAAAAACAAAACGCAACGGCCCAACUGACUGCGGUCCCCUCCUCUGCCGGUCGACAGUUUCAUCUCCGCCAUCCUGUCUUUCUGUUCUUGGUGGCCAAAACAAAACGAGGAAAUGUAAUAAUCAUUGUUUGGUAACUGUUUUUAGUGCUAUGUUUUUGGAGCGUUACGAGUAUUUUCUAACAUGUUACAAUAAAAGAUUGUAGUGUACAAAUUCACAUUUAUAAAAUAUGCUAUAUAUAUAGAUAUAUAUGAGAAAUGUAUG